AUGUCGUCGAAUGCUGGUGCAGCACGCGGAGGAGCUGGCGCUGGUGCACAGCAGCCUCAGCCAGGACGAACGGAUUGGAAGUGGACGGUCGCUCGUGCGCUGCUCAUGUACGCGGGGGUGAAUGCGGUCACCAACCCGAAGAGUCCCGUCGUUGGCUACGUGAACAAGCUCAUGGGUCGCGAAGCUGUCGGUGUUGCAUCCGCGCCUGACGCGACGACGUCGGUUUCAAUUGCUGAUGCUGCUGCAACCAGCUUAUCGUCAGGGCAGCAGGCAAACAGCGUAUACACUCCACCACCAGCUGUUAAAGGUCCGCCCAACGUCGCUGUGCCUCUUUGGAGUGACGAUGCACAACUCGAUUUCUACCUCUACAUUUCUUCAGCUGCACCACCGACCGACGACGAGUUGAGGACGCAGGCUUCGGAUCUCAUCCCGGAUAGCGGACUAGAUAAGGCACCUCCGAUUCCGUUUGAUGCGUUUACGGAUCUGCUGCACGAUCCGUUGCAUGACGAAAUGCGCGCUCGCGUUGUGUAUGCGUCCAAACGAUCGAGCCAUGGACUGAGUCCCAUGGCAGCGGUGAAAUGGUCCAAUAUCCGUUUGGGCGAUCUGGCACUGUCGAGGGACGUGGAUCUGCAACUACCGUUGGAUGAGGCGGUGCGCAAACACAAUGGUAGCGUUUGGGCUGAUAUGGUCGUCACUCAGCGGGGAGUCUCGCCCAAUCCGCGCGAUGAUAGCUUCCAUGCACUCGGCGUGGUACGUACGCGAAAGCUGCUGUCGAGGUUGAUGCCGUUGAAGAAGAAACGGGUGGAGAAGAACCUGUUUAACAAAUCCAACACUACGUCUUCUGACGCGCAAGACGAGGUGCAAAAGGAGCAUCAAGACGAUGGUGGCAAGAUUGUGGCGCACUGGCACACCAAUUUGACGCUUGCACUCGUGCAGGAUAAGGGCGAUCUGGGCGUUCAACUGAGCCAACUACCGCCGCCUUUGCUGCAGCACAUCUCGGUGGUGCGCGAUCCGUCUACUGGCGCCAUGGUGGUUGCACCGCCGCCCGCAGACGCGAAAGCAGCAGCAGUGCUCGAACACGCCUACGCGAGCGGUCGACCACCCAACGUUGUUCGCUACCCCACAGUGUUCCCAAACGACUUUUGGCUGUUGAAGAGCCACAUGCAUCCGAUCAAUGAGACGCUCGAGUCGCUCUCUCUACACGUACACCUAUACCACCAGUCGUGGUUCAGGUUCCAGAUGCUCGCUGCGCUCUCGGAUUCUUUUGACAAACAGGCAGCAGGAGGAGUCACAGGUUCGGCAACAGGUUCCGAGAUCGACAUGAUCAAGACCAUGUUGCUCGAAACGAACCCGUGGUUCCUCGCACUGACGAUCAUCGUUUCGAUCCUCCAUUCGGUCUUCGAAUUCCUCGCCUUCUCGAGCGAUGUUCGGCAUUGGAAGAACAAGGACGACCUUGCCGGAGUCAGCGUCGGUUCGAUCAUCACCAACGUUGUUGUGCAGCUCAUCAUCACGUUGUACCUGUUGGAUAACAACGAAGAUACGAGCUGGAUGAUCUUGGCUGGUCAAGCGGUUGGCGUGGUGGUCGAAUGUUGGAAGUUGACCAAAGCGAUUUCUGUCAGCAUUGUUGCUUCACCCGCCUCGUGGAUCGGGUAUCGGAUCAAGAUCGAGGACAAGCACAAGCUGUCUGUGGAAGAGAAGAAAACGCAGGAAUACGAUCGUCUCGCGUUCAAGUACGUAGGCUUCGGCGUAGGACCACUACUGGUAGCAUACACCAUCUACUCGGCGCUCUAUCAGACGCAUCGCGGUUGGUGGAGCUUCAUCAUCUCGACUGCGACGAGCUUCGUGUACGCGUUCGGAUUCGUCUCGCUCGUUCCUCAGUUGAUCGUCAAUUACAAACUCAAGAGCACCGCGGGUAUGAACAGCAAGACUUUCGUAUACAAGAUCCUGGGUACGUUUGUGGACGACAUGUUUGCAUUUUGCAUCAAGAUGCCCACGUUGCAUCGGCUCGCAUGUUUCAGAGACGAUCUUGUGUUCUUCAUCGCCCUGUACCAAAGGUGGAUCUACGGCGUUGAUCCUACGCGCAGAAACGAGUUUGGCCAGACUCUAGAGAAGCGAGAUACGAAUGACGUCCAGGACCAGAUCAACGCCGAUGACAAGGUGGCCAGCAAGACUUGGGCAUUGCGCGAUAACGCCGCUCUCAAGAAGCGAGUCUGA